AUGGCAAUGUCCACAAUCACUCACCUCUCCUCACUCCGUCGUGAACCGGUUGCAUUCUUACCAAUUUCAGCUCUGCCAAGAGGAAAUCCCGAGUGGGCAAAAUGCAAGCCCGAUGCCGCCACGGCCGUUGUGGUUCCCCAUAUAUUCCAAUACGUGGCGGCCCGCUUCGCAGUGACAACACAGCUCUACCCGCGUGCCAUAUCAAUUGUGGCUGAAUAUUUCAUUAUCGCCCUGACGGCUUUUGGUCUUGUUCCUGACUGCUGA